AACACGGUUAAACCAACUUCAUUAUCGGUCGCUUUCCUCCUGUUGUCCACAUAAAACAAACUUAGACAUCAUCUAUACGGAGAAAUUAAAAGAAAUGUUAGGAGCGCCCUAGCUCCUCUUGAGACGACCCCCUCCCGGCUUUAGGCGACCCCUCCAAAGAGUAUGAAGAGAGAAGGCUGUUCACUCCCCAAACCAAACGGUGAACCAUGGCACAAGAGGGAGUUAUUCUACAAUUUAGUUUUUCUACAUUCGGAGACUCCAUGCUACAGAAGAUGGACUCUCUUCGAAGGGACAGACGUUUCUGUGAUGUCAUCAUCCAUAUCAAUGACCUAGAGAUUCCUGGCCACAAAGUUGUAUUUGCUGCCGGCUCACCAUUCCUAAGAGACCAGUUUUUCCUUCAGGACUCUCACGAAGUGGAGAUAUCCACGCUGCAGGAUGCAGAGAUUGGGCGGAGGCUGCUUCUGUCUUGCUAUACAGGGACACUUGAGUUCCCAGAGUUGGAACUGGUGCACUAUCUGACGGUUGCCAGUUUCCUCCAGAUGGGUCAUAUUGUGGAGCAGUGUACACAGGCCCUGAAUAAGUUUAUUAAGCCUCACAAAGUCGAGGACCCCCAUCACACUCAGCCUCCUUCCAGCGUCAACACACAGCAGCGAGAAUCACCAAUUAUUGAGACUGUCUAUGACGAUGAUGAAGAGGGCGAGAAUGACCUUGAAGACGAUGAUGAUGUGAUUGUUGAACCCAGGUCUCCCCCCAAUUUUAGGAAUUCUCAAAGGAAAGGCCCAGGAGAAGAGAGCCCCAUCAACAUCAUUAAGGUGGAGUCUGUCGAUGACCGAAUGCAGGAGAUGUCUGACGGCUUCCAGGGGCGCUCUUCCCGUUCUCCUGCCCUGCACUCCCCGGAGCCGCAGCACUCCCUCAUCAACUCGACCGUAGAGACGCGCCCCACUGAAAUGGCCCCCAACUCCGUGCUCGAGUACCCGCUCUCGUCACCCGGCACCAGUGGCUUGGGCAAGGAGAACCUGUGGAGCUGCUCGCGCAGCACCGACAAAGGUAUGUCGUGGUGCCACCAGUGCCCAAAGUGUGCGCGCGUCUUCCGCCAGCUGGAGAACUAUGCCAACCACCUGAAGAUGCACAAGCUGUUCAUGUGCCUGCUCUGUGGUAAGACAUUCACGCAGAAGGGCAACCUGCACCGGCACAUGCGAGUACAUGCCGGCAUCAAGCCGUUCCAGUGCAAGAUCUGCGGCAAGACGUUCACACAGAAGUGCUCUCUGCUGGACCACCUGAACCUGCACAGCGGAGACAAGCCACAUCGCUGCAACUACUGUGACAUGGUGUUCGCGCACAAGCCUGUGCUCCGUAAACACCUGAAGCAGGUCCAUGGAAAGAACAGCUUUGACAAUGCCAACGAAGGCAACCUGCUUGAAGGGUUUUAAACCUCUGAAGACUGCCCAGACUAAAAACUUUUGUAAAGACUUUGGAGGACUGCAAAUUGUCUUGUACAUAGAGCACAAGUGCUGUAUGCAAAGCAAUGGUUGAUAUGCACCAUUAUGUUAACUAUGUGUCUCUGUACUGUUGUCUGACUGAUAACUUGUACUGUAUUCAAAUGCUGCUGUGUUAUAGUAAUUUUAAACAAUGGGUUU